AUGGCACGUUGGUCGGGUAGUCAAUUAUCGGAUUGUUCUGAGGAUUCUUUUAUUAGUAAGUACCUAUUAAAAUGUGUUAAUUUAAGUAUCUAUUUAAAAUUUAACCAAGUAUUUAAGUCAUUUUCUGUUGUUAAAACAUUACAUAUUAUAUUUGCCAAGUUCAUAUAAUUUGAAUAAACCUAUAGGUAUAAAAAUAUCAGAAUAUAAAUUGAUAUGAUAAUCUUGCAUUUACAUUAUAAAUAUUUAAAGUUUAUCAUAUUGCGUAAAGUAAGAAAAAUCUUUUAUGUAUUCCCAAAGUAAAUUUAAAGAAAUUUUAGAUUGUAACAUUUAAUUAUUUAAAACAGUUAAUAAUAUUUUUAAUUAAAUAAAAAUAUAUAAAUGAUAUUAAAAAUGAUUUAUUCUAAACCCGAACCUGAUGUAGAAAUGCAAGCAGUCCGCCGAAUUGGUAAAUACUCUUUGCUAAUAGGUAUUAUUCAUUAUUUAUGUUAUACUAUUCAUAUUUUGCAUGACUAGUAUUAAUGAUGUAGUAUAUGUAGGCAGAAAAUACACCCAUAAACUUAUUUUUUUUCCUUGGGUGGACUUUACAUCCAGACAAAUAAUCUGUAGGGUAAAAUUAUCAUUAUCAUGAAAUAAUACAAACUGAAAUAAAUAAAAAAUAUAUUAAAACAAAUACCUAUACCUAAAUUAUAACUUACCAUAAAAUUUAUUUUAAAUCAAUUAUUGAUAAAAUGCAAUGAAACCAUUAAAAACCUAAUUAUAAAACAUCUUAAGAUUCUAGAUUUUUUGUAUCAUUUUGGAUCUGGCAUGAGACAGUCAUUUUUUGAUUUUCCUUGCAGCGUUUAUAAUAAUUGAAGAAAAAAUGUAGGAAGCACUAGAAAAUGUACUGUUUGGUUAAAUUUAAUUUUCUAUUUUUCUUGUAAUUAAUUGGUUAAAAAUAAUUGUAGUGAUAUGAAAUUUUCAUGGGCGUGGUCAAAUUUUCAAAAAAUUUUAAUAGUUUUACGCUAUUAGGGUCAUUCAAAUUUCACGAUACAGUUAAAUUUUUAAUGAAAUACUUAUUUUUUUCAAAAAAUGAUUUAUUUUAAUACUUUUUAGAACUAUACAUUCUAAAAUGUUACGAUUUGCUUAUUUUUGUCACCUUUAUUUUUAGGGAUUAAAUGGCUACCUACUUUUGAUUUUCCAACGAUUUAAAUACAUUUUUGUGUUGAAAUUUGAUUUCUGCCAACUUGUUGACUAACCUGUUCCACUCUUAAGGUUUGGUAGAGGAAAGUAGUAGAGUACUAUUUAAAUGCUGCAUGUGGUGUUUCCAUUCAAAUAAUGCUCUACUACUUCUCCUUUGACCCAAACUUAUAGAUAUUACACUGAUUUAAGAAACUGAGAGCAUGGCAUAAAGUAGCAUUGCAGUUAUAAUUAUUACUAAUAUUGACUUAUAAAUAUGUGGGACUUAGGUCCAUAUACUUAUUUUUGUUUAAGAAGAUGCUAUAACGUUAUUUAUGUGUAAUGUGUUAAAUUUGUCUUUUUAAUACAAGACAUAGCAAAAUUACAUUACUAUAUUAGAACAUAAAUUGUAGCUUUUAGAUUGAAAUUGAACUUAAACCUCAAGUAAUCAAAUUUAAUUAAUUAAAGUUACCUAUUUAAAAAUACAAAAAUUAACAUACCAGUAAUUAACUUGUUUGUCAAUUUUUGUAGAAAAAAGCUACAUUCAGAACUCGAAAAUAUUCCUCUCCUUAAAUGUUGAUAUUUAAGUUUGAACUACAAUUUCAACCUAAACUCCACAAUUUAUGUUCUAAGUAUCAAAGAAAAAGCAAAUGGAUGAAUGUGGUCUUUCAUAAAUAACAUACAAAAGAUUCUCAUCUACAUCUUGUUAAUUUGUGAAAUACUAAUUAUUUUUUUAUUAAUUGCCUCUGUCUAUCUACUUUUGUCCAACUAUUUGCAAAUGAGAUAUUUUUGACCUUUUGACCAUAGAUACUUAUGUCAUUUACUUGUAUGUUAGAUUUAGCAGUAGAUAUAAACAACUCUUUCUUCAAUCUUUCCAAGCCUUUAUAACUUAAAAUAUCCUACCUUACUAACAAUAACAAUUUUGCACCCGACUAGGAACUUAUCCAUGGGGGGGUCUAUGAAAUCUGGAUCCCCCACGAAAUUUAAGUUUCUUACCAAAAAAACAGUGGCUAUAUUUAUGUGUAAAGUAUGUCCGUCCUUUUUUUUGGUUUUAUGUAGAUAAAAAUGUUUUGGUCCAUCAAAAAUUAUCAAAAAAACUGAACAAAAAGUUAUUAUAGGUUGCACUUUAGUUAGAUCCUAAUCUAUUGUUUAGUAGGAUAUAAAUAUAUAAUAUUAUUAGAUUAUUAGGUAGAUAUUGUAUCCAUUGAAAGAAUAUGACAGUCAUUGUUGUCCCUGACGUGUUAUAUACUUCUGGAUUACCUCAACUGUGAAAGUAAAACCAGUCUUUGAACCAUAUGUGAGCUUUUCCACCUUCCACCACAUCAAUUUUUUUAUAGAUUCAUUACGUUUUAAAAAUUAUAAAGCUAACAUAAUUUAGAAAUUAUAGAUCUUCAAAAUAUAUAUAGAUAUUAUAAACCUAACUUUAAAUAAUAUUAUUAUCCAUUUAACGUUUUUCCUAUAAAUAGGCUAAAUUUCCAAAAUGUAUUCUUAGUAAAAAUAUAUUAGUAUAGGAUUUAGGUUGUGCAUUUAUCAUAAUUUUUAAAUUGAAAUGUUUAAUAGACCUAUACAGUCAUGUAAUGAAUGGACUGGAAAAGAAACAACUCAGUCUCUGAAUAUGGUAUACUUUUCUUGAAAAUUUAACUUAGUUAUUUAAGUUGCAUUUUUAUUGUAUGUACAUAAUAAAUUAUUUUAAAAAGUCUCUAUUAAUAGGACAUAGAGGUUUUUUUCUACUACUUAGAAAAAUAAGAUCAAAUGUUAUAGGUAACUGUAAUAUCUUACAUACCAUUAUAUCAGAAUACCUAAUAGUAAUUAUAUUUAUGAAUUAUUUGAUUUUUAUUUUUUUUAAAUAAAUAAUGUUAAUUUAAUGUAUUAUACUAUAUUACAAUACAAUUAUGCAUAGAUAAAUAUUUCAAUUAACUUGUAUUAUAUGACGUCUUAUUGAAUGAAAAAAAACCACUUAUAAUUAAUCUGUAAUUGUAGAGGUAUUUGUUUAGUGUAAUAAUUAUUAUCUACUAUGAACCUAUGUGUUUAAGCAUAUUUUUUAUUUAUUAUAUUUUGUAAAUGUCCGAAUGCAGUAAAUUACACCAUUCGCCAAUAGAGAGCGUAUCAUCAGUUGUUUUUAUUAUAAAACGCCAAUGUAGGCUCUAAUCAAAAUCAUAAGUAUAAUGUGAGUGUAGAACUCACAAACUGAAUGUUGUGCGACUGAAUUAGUAUUCCCGCUGUUUUCGAAACGAAAAGUUUUGUGAUCAUACAGUUCUUUCAAAAUUAGGUACCUACCUACCAAUUAAAUAUACUUGCGUGUUAAAAUAUAAUUUCUGCGUUUUAAAUAUUACAAGUGUUUAAUCGUGAAAUUUAAAGUACCUAUUUAGGUGCUAUAAUAAUUAAGUGUUGUUUACAUAAUAGUUUUAAGUGGCAUUAAAAAUAAUAGCUAUCUAAGUAUAAUAUUAUAUUGUGGUUACUCCAAGAAAAAUAUACUAUUAUACUAUACGAUCGUGAGUUCCAUUAUGAUUUUAUGCAAAAAAAGAAAAAGUAAGCGCAUUAUUAUUACUACCAUAGUAUACCUAUAGUACCUAUGCAUAUUGUUUUAAAAUUUGUAUUUUUAAUUACGUAAAUCUAAGUGUAGGUAUUUAUUUCUUUAUAUAUAUAUUCAAUAUAGGUACCCAAUAUUAUAAUACUAAUAAACCAUACGUACCUAAUAGUCUUUAUACAUGUAUUAACAACUACUAAGUACAAUUUUAUUUCGAUCAUAGCAUAUAGAUGCCUGCUUAUAUCUAGUAGUUAUUACUUUAUUAGUAAUAUAUUGAUUAGCAAUCAAUCCGAUCAGCAAUAUUAUUUGGUACUUUCCUCACCUACUUAUUAUUUUUAUAGAAAUCGAUGUUAGCAUUAAUGAGACGCGAGUAUAAAUCUAAGAUAUUUAUAAAUAAGAAAUAAUGAACUAUGGGUAUAAUAUUUUAUAACAUAGAAUGAGCGUAGUGAAGAUGAGAAUAGUUAGAUGGACCGGAGUGUCGAGAGAAGAUAGGAUAAGAAAAAGAGAAGGUACAUAUGAGCUACCGUUAGCGGUGGCUUCGAUAAUGAACGAAAUGAGAGAAAAUUGACUGAUAUGAUGAUUUGAACACGUCAUGUGAAGAGAGAAAUUGGAAGCAGUAAAAAUCGUAAUGGAAAUAAACGUAGUAGGAUAGAUGGAAAGAGAAAGACCGAAAAAAAAGCGGUUGGAUUCAGUAGCGGAUUUUCAAUAUUUUUCUGGGAGGGAUCUUGGAAAAUAAUAUGUAUGUUAAAGGUAUCUAUUAUUAGAUUGAUCUUCUUUGGGUGACAUUCAUGGGAACCAGACCCCCCGGGCCAUCCCCCCCCCCAGUAAAUCUGGCAUUAGUUGGAUACAAUUGAGAACGAUUAGAGGACGGCCGGUGUAUGCGAGGAUGACGUAGAAGAUCAGGUUAAGUAAACGUUUUGGACGAGGGUGAUAAACAGUUGGGAUGAAAGCGACGGAAGAAAAAGAUGAAGAAUUUAUUUUACAUUUGUUUCAAACGUUAUAUAAAUAUGCUUGUAUGAAACGGCGUGUACAAAACGUUAAAAAAGAACAGCUAUUAAGACGUUGAAUUUAAAUGUCUAACACGAUAUUAAAACAUUUCAUAAAAUAUUAUAUUAAGUGAUGAAAUUGGUAUAAUGUAUCUAUGGUUUAAUUACGUAGGAACUAUAUAAUGUAAACAACUUUGUUUUUUUUCUCGGUUGAAUUGGUAAUUUUGUGGUAAUUUUACCUAUACCUACUUAUCUAAACAUAAUAAUUAUUCCCUGUGUUUGUUUUCUAACUCGAACACCUAUAAAGGUUUUGUUUUAUUCUAAAUUACGUAUUCUUGGAAUAAAGCCAAUCGCAUAAUAUUGUAUCCGGGCGUUUAAGGUUUCAAAUAAAUUUAAAAUGCGCAUGUUUAAACAAUUUAUUGUUACGAUAAAAUAAAUAAUAUUUUUAUUUAUUUUAUUUUUUUCCCCGUAGCAUGCGCAUAUAAAUGUUUGUUUAGACGUAAUUUUGUUGGCUUAUUUUUAAGUCAAGGAACAAAGACGUGUUAUUUGUCUCUACCUACGUAUAUAUAAAUACUACGGAAGGUCUCGUAAAAAAAUGUACCAGUAAAAUGGUGAGUGCGAAUAGUUCAAAUUCUAAUAGAAUACUCUCCACUGGGUAGAUAAAUUUUGAAUUUCUAAAUUGGACAUUAUCUGUAUGUAUAAUUAUUUUCUAAAACGUAUUUUUCAAAACUGAAUUAAAUAUAUUACCGACCCGUAGAGCUAUUUAUCAUUGUUUUAAAAAUGAUACAAAUAUUAGGUACAAACCUAUAUAAUAAAUUAUUUGAUGUUAUUAUUGAAAAUGAAUGGGUUACUUUGUUACUGGGUAAGGUAUACAGAGGUAUCUUACUAAAUUACGUAAAACUUAACUGCCGUUUAAAAAACAUUAUUGAAAGCAACUGGCACGAACAUGUAGACAUAUUAGGUUUAGGUGUGUAGGUACGCUACAAAACAAAAUGAAAAAUUGGAUGUGUGUAGCGUGAAAUUGUAAUAUUUUUAAUUUAACAAAGUAGAUAAUAAUAACUAUUGAAUUCGAAAAAGAAAAAGAAAAUUUCUACGUAUUAAUAAUAGAAUUAGUUACAAUAUAUUUUUUCUUCAAAAUUUACUAAGCUGUACACGAAAAUUAUCUUUUUCAAAGAAGGUGUCUACUUAGGUACAUUAUCAGUAGGUACCAUUAUUAUUCGACAUUAGUUUAUAAAAUUGUUACACGAAACUAUUUGUUAUUCAUAGCUAUCCAUUUGUUCUCUAAGCUGGGAAAUAGUUAUAAUGUUAUUUUUUGUAAAAUACCUAUCUAUUUAACGUGUAUCUUUUUAAUUUCAGCAAGGUACCUAAUUAACUACAUAUAUAAUAAACUCAAUUUUAAUUGAGUAAUUUACGCAACUUUGAUAGUUACCUAUAAGUAUUAUAAUAAUUAGGAUGAGUCAUCCUAAUAUGUAGCAAAUGCCUUUCCUCAUUUACAGUUGGAAUUUAAUAUCAUUUGUGUUUUAUUUAUUUAGUUUUUUUUUUUUGAGAACAAUUUAUUCUUUUGCCACGUUUAAAAAUAAAUUUAUACUAUGUGAUAAAUACCAUUUUUUCAUUCGAAAUAGGAACUUUUGAAGAAAAUAUGAAUGAGUACACUUAGUAAAAUACACAUUUUGAGCCAUUUUUCAAAAUUUAACUUUUGCGUUCGUGAUGCGCACAAUAAAACUUACAUUUUUUUAAAAUAAUAUAGGUCUUUUUAAGAGGUACACAUCUUUUUACCAUUCAACUCAAAUCGUAGUUACACUUUUUCCAACUAUUUAAUGAGUAAUGACAUUUUAUUUUGUUUUCAAAUAAAUUACCUGAGAUAUAGGCACCUAAGUCAAAACAGUUUUUGUUAAAUUUGUACGUAAUCUUUGCAUUUUAACCCCUAUCCUCCAUGUAGGUACCCCAUCACGGGUUACUGGUGUUCCGCGUAUAUAGUGAGAAAUGUUUUAUUUUAAGAAAAAAAAAAAAAAUUGAAAAAUUUGUUUAGUGCUAUAAUAAAGACAGGAAUUUAAAAAAUUUGAAUGCGUUGAAAAGAUUGUUUAAAUGAUUUUAUAUCGAGCAAUUUUCGAGGAAGAAAAAAAAUGGAAAUUAGAAAAUUAGAAAUUUAUGUAAGGUUCAUCAUCACUAUCAUCCACUGUAUAGUGUAUACGCUUAAUUUGAUCGGUAUUAAAAUUUUAAAUAAUAAUAUAUUCCUAUGGAUAGGAAUGCUAUGAUUUAUAUUUAAUAACUGUUAUAUUAUAGACUUGUAUACAUACCUUCCUAGUACCUAUAUUUAUAUACAUUUUUAUUAUCAGUCAAUAAUUAUUAAUUGGUUGCUAACUUUCGAAUGAAUUUAUUGUGUACCUGUUAAUUACCUAUUUAUCUAAUAAUAUAUCUUUAACUACACUCGUUAUAAUAUGUAUGGUUUUUACAUUCAGUCGCAGACUGAUUAUGAUAACUAAAAGUAGUAAACAAAGCACAGUAUUGCUAAAAUGCAUGCCAUUUUUUUUUUAUAAUAUAUACAUAUAUAAAUUUAAUCUAACUAUAUUCGACCUCUUAUUAGACAUAAUAUAAUCAUUAACACUAGUUCACAGUUAAAACAUAGGUAGUGUUCGUGGAUAUGAAAUAUAAUUUCUUUAUCAAAAAAAUUAUGUAUAGUAUAUUAUGAUAAACAUUGAUAAUAUAUAAAAUAAACAAUCAGUAUUUAUUAAACCUUUAAUAAUAAACAACUGCUAAAAUGCUCGAUUGAUUAACAGCUAGUACACUUGUGAUUUUUAUUUGUAUUUACCUAUUAGAUAUCAAGAUCUUAUUUGGGAGGAAGAGGUUAGGGGCUCCAAAAGUAUUUAUUUAUUAACACAUGCUAAUUAGGUAAUUUCGAACUAAAACAAUAGAGUCUUAAGAAAAAAUAUCUGCACUUUGUAAUGAGAAUCUUAAAAAUUUAAUUUUUAAAAGUAAGUAGCCUACUUGCACAGAAUUAAUAGGUACCGUCAAUAGUUUCUUUUCAAAUUUUUAAAUAAUGCGAUUGAUGAUUCUUCUCUGCCAAACCUGAUUAGUUUUACAGUUAAUAAUCACACCAUUCGUAAUAAAUAAUAAUACAAUAAAUGAUGUUUUCUAAAGCUAUAUGUCUAAUCACCCUAAUAAUAUUUUAAUUUCUCUUAGUAAUUAUCUAAUAAAAUAUUAUAUACACUUGUAUUAGACAUAUUUGUAUUUGAACAUAGUUCAUAAAAUAAUUAAAUAAUUAUUAAUUCCCUGCCCAAAAAUUGGGCACUUAUUAAAAUUUUAAAACACGUUUAUUAUAUUGGAUACAAUAUUAUAAAAUGCUUUUAUAAUAAUAAUAGUUGUUUUUACUUGUAUAGAUUUAAUUCAAAGAAUAAUUAAAUAAAAUAUUCCAUGGUGAUAAUAAUGAUAAUAAUAAUCUUAAUGUACAUAGUUAUAUAGUUAUGUACAUCUUAAUGUACUUAAUGUACUGUUGCCUAAUAGGUGUAGAAUUCCUUUUUUUUUUUUGUUUCACUCUAUUGAAUAAUUCGCAUAACGUUUUAAUUUUUCUGAAUAUCAAGUGAACACUUUAUUAUGUUCAAUGUUAAUUAGUCUAGUAGCAAAGGUCCUAAAAUAGCCAUUGAAUUAUGAUGAUACAAUAAAUGUUGUUUUUAAAUCAUAAUAAUAAAUGGACUAAAACUAAAGUGUAUAUUAUUUUGGUGGAUUUAUAAGUUUAAUUUUUUAUAAUUUAUUAAUACACUCUUCGAUGUAAAAAUAUAAGCUAUGGAUAAGCUAUAGUUUUCUAUUCACGUGACAUCCGUUUACGUUGUAUGUAUAAACUAUAAUUAAUAUUAUGAGGAUGUGAUACCCGCAUCCGCAUGACGUACAGCUGUCUCUGUCUUACAAACGCACCUAAAAAUUAAAAUGCCGAGAAAAAAAACACUAUAUUCAUAUAUAAUCUAUGUUCUUAUCUUCAAUUUUGAUAAGGUCGAUAAAGCUCUAAUAUUACAACUAGUAGCGCAUAAUUGGUCUUGCUGAAUGCAGAUUUGCUGUAUCGUGCGUUUUUAAGAGGGAUACAUUAUCUUAAUUAUUUUAUUGAGUUUUUAAAAACUGCUGUUUUUGAUUUCAAGAAAAAAUGUAAAUUAAUAAUAAUGUAAAUUUAAUACGAUCACAAGUUGUGCGAUAUAACGUAAAUUUAUGAUAAACGUGAUGAAUGAUAAUCUUCUUCGUCGGUAAAAAAAAAUUUAAUUAUUGUAUAAAAUGUAAAUUAUCUAACCUUAUCAAGGUUUAAUCUAUAAGCUACAGUCGUAUUACCACUAUAGCUUAACAAUUAAUAAUAUUAAUGAAUAUCCAAUACACCAAUAAGUAUCUAUUUGAUAUUAUGAUAUUUAAUUCAAAUUCAAUUACCUUUUGUUUACUAUUCCAAAACAUUGAACCUAAUCAAUUUGAUUAUUAUUAUUAUCAAUGAUCAUUUUGAAAAAACGAACUGUUUUUUCAGGAAGUUCCAAACGACUAAACUUUUGAAUCUAUAUCUAAUAUAAUAAGUAAUAUUCGCUUUCUUAAAAAAAAAAAGUUAAUAAGUAAUAUAUCUUUGGUUUUAUAGGGAAGAAAAAGUCAAUUUUUGGCAUUUUUUUUUUUAUAAUUUUAUUUAUAAUGCUAUAUUUUCUCUUUAUUUUGAGUCUAACUUGUCUAAUUAUAUGUGUAUGUGUUUUCAAAAUUUAAUUUAUUUGUAUUGAAAAUCAUACAUAAUUAACUUAAGCUGUUCCUCCCUAGCUGGGACCAAGGAUAUACAAUAAGAAUAAGGAUUUUUCAAGAUCAUUUAAACGGACAAUUCGUAUUGUCUAAAAUAGUUUACACUACAUAUAUAUAUAUCUUUAAAUUUAAAAACGACAAUUGACAAAUCGAAUAUAAAAAUGAGAAGAUAAUAUAAUAUAAAAAAACACCAAUUAUUUUGUACAAUGAUAUUAUAAUAACACUUUUUUUAAUUACUCAUAAUAUUAAAAUAUAAUAACUGUAACCUAUGGAAGUAUUCUAUCCGUAGGUAAUCAAAAUAACGUGCGUAAUACUCGUAUUAUAUGGGAAUUUUAAAUAUUUAUUUAUAUAUCUGUAGACUAUAAUAGUCAUAUACAGAGUGGACAGUGAAUAUUAUAUAUUAUUAUUAUUGUUAUUAUUUUUUUUUUGUGUUACGAGACACGUAUUUUGGAAACAUCUCAUUAUACGGCGGGGGAACUUUUUUUCAGUGAAUUAUAUGUAAUUUCUAACUUCUUUUUUAUGUAGCAUUCUUUGAACGUUAAAGACACAUUACCCGUGGUUUAUACGCUAUUAUUACCAACAAUAAGUAGAUAUGUUACAAAUAAUGUAGUACGUCAUAUACGGUAAUUAUCCUACUUGAAUUUUAGAUCUGCCACUUAUUUCCAUACGAUAUAACUGACGUAAUUUACGCCAUGAUACCCCCAUGUGCCAUUUCCGUCUUACAAACACGCGAUACACAGCUACUUAGCGUUCUUCAGCACUGACAGUAGUUUUGUACCAAUACGUAUUUCCGUAUUAUCGGAGGUGAUGGUAAGAAAAUUGACCUGUGUGUUUGACCGUCGGUUUAUUUCGAUACUUCAAUUUUUAAACGGGAUAUAAGUUUCUUUAUUAAAUAAUUAAAAUAUAUCACAUAAGUAAUCGCGUAUCUUGCUUAAACAUUUAUAUAUCGAAUAAAAAAACUAGAUUAUGUAAGUACCUUUAAGUUCGAUAUUAGGUCGAUUCACUCUAUAGUUAAUAUUAAAACAAACAGAUAGCACAAAAUAUUGUCAUUUGUAAGACGGAGACGGCACAUGUGGGGAUCACGUCCGUCCUCUUAAAUAUGUAAUAAUAAUAUUGUCCUAUCAGUCCUACGGCAAUAAUUAUUAAAUCUGUAUUUGUUCGACGUUCGACUUGACCUUUUACUUUUUUUUUUUUAUUUCAACCGACAACACAAUAUUAUAAUGUCCAGAGAUCAUAAAAAUAAUAUUUAAGAAUAAAUGUAAAUAUUAUAACUAUUGCACCCGUAUAAAUACGGGUAAUAAAUCUGCGUUUAACGACAAAACAAAACGAACGUUUGAUGCACCUAGAUAUUAUAUUAUGUGUACACCGAACACAAUAUGUAGAUAACUGUGGUAGUGUGAUAUGCAUAAUAUAAUAUAGUGUAGAUAAAAUAUAUUUUUUGAAUAUAUUAAAUAUUUUAUAUUUUCAUUAUCGUAUCUUACUAUAACGAGCAAUUUUUUUGACCGAGAUGAAUAAUUGCGACGUGCGCCUCAAACUACGAUCAAACAUAUUGUCGUCAUCAAAACUGCUAAGUUUUUGCUCAUCAUAAUAUGUUAAACGAGAACGACGGAUUUCGAUUAGCGUCCGUUCUUUUGGAGAGGAAAGCGAUAAACGCAAUUAUGAUUCCGAUUUGAGCUACCGAAAUGAAAAGCCGAACUGCUUACAGUUGACCGGCAGAACAUGCGUCAGGACAUAGAUUUAGAUGGUUUGGUGCCAUUAUCUUAUGUAGCAAUUGCGGUUGUAUAUGUUACAGUAGAUAACUGUGCUAGCAAUCCAGACCUCGUCAACAAUCCGUAUAUGUAUUCUUUCAGUCAAAGUCUCUGUAAUCACAACCAAAUUAUUGUGUUUUCAUCAAUAAUAUAAUUAUUAUUGAUCCGCCUUUGAUAUUAUAAAAUACAUCGAAUUUAUCACAACAUUCAUACCUUUACUACUAUACCAAUUGUAUCGUUGAAAAUCAAUGUAUCUAAAUGCGGAUUUUUCAGCAGUAGUCUGUGGGAAAAUUCCAAUUUUAUGGCAUACAUUAAAAAAAAAAAAAAAAAAAUGCUAUUUAGUUUUGAACGAUUUCAAGAUAACUAUUUUUUUGGUAAAAUUUUUUAAACAAUUAAAAAAAAAAAUUGAGUGAUAAUUGAUCAAAUUAGAGCAGAUAAAGUUUUUAAUUUCAUGAGAAUAAUAGUUUUUAGCAAAAACAAAACACAAGUGAGAUUAUUGAAAUAAAUUAUUAUUAUUCUCAUGAAAUCAGAAUUUAAUCUGCUCAAUUUGGUUAAUUUUUACUUUAUUUUUUUUUUUAAAUUAACCUAGUAUAAAAUUUCAUGUGGCCUACCUAUAGUACGAAGUAAUUAUAGCUUUUUAAAUUUAUUUAUUUAUUAAGUAAAACUUAAAUAUGAAAUUUUUUUAAAAAAAACAGAACUUUAGUAGGCAGGAGUAUAUAUUAUUUUAAAAAUUGAUUUGCAUAUUUAAAAAUCAAUAUUAAAAACAAUUAAAUUAAGAAUAUAAAAAUAAUUAUCAUUAUUAUUAAGUUUUAAUUAUUAAAACUUACAAGUAUAGAAAAUAGGUCAAUUAAAUAAUUGUAAUGUAUAUAAUAGGAUAAACGUUACUUGUAUCAAAAUAUAUUCAAUAUAGUAAGUAGGCAUCAUUUUAUGUUUACAUAUGUUGAUUAAAUUAGUUAAUAAUGAACUAAAGCAUUCAGAAAUGUAUAAAUAUUUAAAAAAAAUAAUGUAAUAUACUCGUAUAACACAAGUAUUAAUAUAAUUAUUAUACAAAGAUAUUAUAUAAUAUGAUAAAUAUUUCAAAGAAUUUAUAUGUUUUUAUUAUUUUUAUUGAGUUUAUACACAAUAGCUUUGUGGUUUGGUACAAGAAUUUUCAAUAUAAAAAAACAAAAAUGGUAAAUGAAUAAAUUAAAAAUUGAAAAUAUAAAAUAAUUAAUUAAUUUUCAAUCAUUUAAUGUUAAGUCCAUAAGUAUUGUAAAACAUUUUAUCCUAUCUAGUUCCUGGAUCAUCUGUAUUCCGUCCAACCGUUUUUUUUUCUCUGGGCCUUCUUCCCUCUGUGGCUUCUAUUCCAUUGCUGCUUUAACUUUGAUUGUUUCCGCCCCCUUUGCAUGGUGAAUUAUAUUAUAAUGGUUUAAUAAUAUAAUUAUUAUUAUACAUUGUAGUUAUUAGUAUUUUAUUUAUUAUGAUUUGGCUGCAAAUUUUUAGUAUGCAGUCGUUUUAGUAUUAGUACCUAUUGAUCAAAAUGUAUGUAUGUCGUUAGUAUUGAAUAUUGAUGAUUAAUAAAACUUAGCACUAAGUACCUCUAUCUACUCUAUUUGCACUCACUGUAUUACCUAUACAAUUUAUAAACAAACAUUACACCUCUUCCGUACAUAUAUAAAUAAAUCGCUUUUGUUAUUUUAACAAAGAAUAAUAACAAUACAGAUAUACUUUUAUGAUGAUUUAUGUUUAAAUUUAGGAGUUACAAAACAAUUUAACAGCAAACAAAAAUUAAUUCAAGGUUAAAUAAAUAUUUUCUCUGUAUAAUAUGCGUAGAGCAUGUCAGUAUAUAGGUAUGUGUUUUAUGUUUUUAUAAUUGACAGUAAUAGUUAUUUUAAUUAACGAGUAUAAUUUAUGUACAAUAGGUAGAUCGUAUUUUAAGGGUUAAUAUUAGCCCUUAUUAAGGUUUAUUGACCUUUAUUCGUUCCAUUAUUUAGAUUAGUUUAUUAAAUUAACUUUAAACUCGUAGCAUCAUAAAAAAAAUUUACUUGUACUUUGUAUAAUAAUAUUACCUAUAUUGAAAAUAUAUUGUACAUUGGCAUGCACACAAGCGACUCCAAUUAUCGGGUACUUAUACCAUGGCAUCUACUUGGGAGCCAGCUUAAUCUUUAUAUUUUAGUUGUUACUAUUGUUUAAACUACAACUCAUGUUUGCUAUUGACAAAUAAGAUUUUAUUUUUUCUAAUAAAAUAUACUUUGGAUCAUUGGGAGUUCAGACGAUAUCAAUUUAAUUUCAUCAUAGAUAAGUAAUAUAAGAUAUUUAAUGUUUUUAUUACCUACAAAUUUGAAAGUACUAAAACUUCUUUUUACAUGUACAUCAUGCUGACAUUUUUUUUAUGUAUUAUAAUAUUAUAGUGAACACAUAAAUUUAAUAAAACAAUUUAUUUGAUUAUGUCCUUUUUGAGAUAAGUGUUAUGAGAUAAUAAUAGUUAUUUUUAUGUAAUGGUACGCAUUAUACUGGGUAGGUACCGGUACCUAUAUAGCUAUUGAGCUAUUUUCAUAAAUAUCGACAUCCAAGCAGGCUGCGAUAAAAAAAAUCUGCGCAUGUCUAUGUUUUGUAACAAUAUUAUAUUAUAAAAUAUAGUACAUAGUACAUACUACAUACACAUAUAAUUUUUACCAGGUAUAAUUUAUAACUUCCAAUUUUUGUCAAACUGCAGCUUUAUGGUGUUAUUAUUAUCAGUUUUCCAUACUCAAUUCAUUUUGACCGUGAGUUUAUGACUAAUAGGUAUAUAAUAUAUUAAUAUAAGAACUUGGGGUUAAACUUAAUAUAGAUGCAUAAUUAUUUGUAUUGCUAGAGUAACAAAUAUAAUGUUUAAAGUAGUGAUUAUUAAUUACGGUGUUUAUCAUAUUAUUAUAUUAUAGUUUUAUUACUAUUAUUAUUAUUAUUUAUUGUGUGAUAAAAAUUUUAUCAACAGUUUGGUUACGUGGGUACAUUAAUUUGAUUAAUUUACAAUCAUACAAAUGAAUUGAUAAAUGAUUAUAAUAUUAGGCGUACUAAAGUAGAUACUUUUUAUUAUUUAUUAGGUAUCUACUGUAAACAAUAAAAAUAGGUAUACCCAUUCAAAAUAUUAUUCAAUUAAAAAGUGAAGCACUGUACAAAUCUAUAAUCUUUAAUCCUACAUAUUAUUCUGCUAGUAGCCGCAGACCUCGUAAUGGACUAGUUCAAAUAAACCUGUAGUAGUGCAACGAAAAAAGUGAACUUGUUGUCCGGACCACCCCCUUGGCGCAUGUUGUAAUGCAAUGUAAUAGAAUAUAAAUGAACAUUGAUAGCAGUUAUCAUCACAGUCAGUAGCGUACUCAGAAUUUCUUAAUGAGGAGGGGUUAAAUAUAUUAAAUUCAAUUUAUAUGAUAUAAUAAUUCAGUGUAUAAUAUUGUAAAAUGAACAAGGUUUAUGAAGGUUCGUUUACAAAUGAAUUUGAACCAAUUAAGUUAUCAAAAAUAAAAACGAAUUAGUUCACGAACUUAACUAAAUUGUAUGCUUAUGAAUUAGCAUAAGUAUUUUAUAUUUUUAUUUUAAUUAGCGACUGUUUUCUCUAAUUCUUAAAAAAACUACAAGGAAAAUUUUAAAAAAUAACUGCACAAUUCACCAAUUAUAGACAAAAUUUGCUAUCAAAAAUCAUUAUAUUAUAUCUACGCUCAUAAUAUAUAUUAUUUAUGUACUAAAAAAUUAUUCACAGAUGCAGUAGUUUAUUCAGAAUUUUGCUAAAGAAUAUUUUCCAAUUUGGAAAUUAUAUCAUUUACCUCAUAAAACGUGCGUACUAAAAAAAAAUUAAUUUAUAUAUUUUUGUAAGUAAUUUAUAAUUCAAUCUGUCCUAUAAAUAUCAUUGAUAUCAUAUAACUAGGUAUAAGUACCUAAUUGUUUUAACUUAUUUACUAUUUAAGUAGGUAAAUCUGUUUUUCUUUAUAUUAGAGUAGUUUGGAUAGAUUUCAUUUCAAAUAAGAAAAUGUAUACCUAUGUUGAAGUUUUUUGAUAUACAUAUUAACUGUAAUUAACCAACAACCAAAACAUUUCUUAGUUUAUUUUUUGUCUCAAAAUAAGUAGUCUCUCAUAAUUAAUAGUUACUAAAAAAAGGUUAAUGGGGAAGAUCUCUCUGUAAAUACGCCACUGCUUAGAUGUAUGAGCUUAUUCCUAAAUGUAUUUAUUACUGUAACAAAAUAACUAAAAUAAUUAAACAGCUAAGGUCAUCGUAUAUUGUGUGAACAAAUUAUAAUUAUAUUAAUUUGUUUAUGUUUGGUGUACAGUAUAAUAUAAAUUAAUAAUAUUAUAGGUACUUAAGUUAAAAAUUUUGCUUUUGCUUGAUUAAGAUCAUUAGAUCUAAUAUUAUGCAGAAUAAAAAGAGAUCUAAUAUGUAUCAUAAUCUGAUCGAAUACCUGUGUGAUAUAACUAUGUACGAAAUACCUAAAAUUAAAAUACCUACCCUUGUAUAGGUACCAAUAAACGUGAAUACAAUCAGUUGGUAUAUGUAUACAAAUAUGCAAAUACAUACAUAAUUCUAACUAAUUAUCUAGCAUUUUAAUUAUAAGUAAACUAGUACUUACGUAAUCUAAUGAAAUACUAAUAAUUAUAAUUGAUAAUAACAAUAGCUGCAAUAGCGUGUCUAUGUAGGUAUAUGAUUAUAGGUAACAAAUUAUAGGAGUGCAUAGUUUACUAUGCAGUAGGUAUACACAAUAUAUUGUUGUCUCCUCCCAAAGGUUAAAAUGAAGUACGUAGUGAGUAACCUUGACAACAAUUAUUUGUUUGUUGUUAUUUUUCUAUUUAUACAAAUCUAUAACUCCAUAACUCAUCAUUAAAUGUGUGGUCGGUAAAACGAUAGGUAUAUAAUAUAAAAUAAUUCAUUCAGGGCCUAUUUUUAUGUUUUAUAGUGUAAAUUUUAUCUCCAAGUGGUAACUUGUCGCAGAAAUAUCACCUACCUAAAAACAUUCACAAAAACUAUGUAUUUUAAUGGCCAGAUUUUUUUUAUUAGUCAAAUUUCUCUUCUUUUAUCUUGCAUAUCAAAAUUUUAUAAAAACAAUGUUUUUCUUAGUCUGGACCCAUUUGUGGGUGACGGAAUAUUUUGAAUGGUCGUCAAAAAAUUAAAACGUUAACAUAUUUUCAUGUUAAACUACCUGUAUAAAAUAGUUAUAAACAUAAUUAUUAGGUGAUGAAACAUUUUUCUUGGCAAAAAAGUAUGAAUUCAUAAUUUUGGACUAUGGUUAGUCAAUUUUAUAAAUAUACUUUAGUGUUUGACUAUAUCGAAACGAUUAAAUUUAAUAAGUUGCAGUUGAUCCGAAUUUGUUUUGGUAUCAAUUAUCAAUAUUGUCAACUUCAUAAGGUAACCAUUACUCAUUUAGUCGUAUAUAUUACUGUGAAAAUAAAUGAAAGGUAUAAUAGUUUCUUUUAGUUAUGGUAGGUAAUUGAACAAUUAAGUAGAUUGGGUAGGGUGGGGAGCUCCCAUUGAGAAUUAUUUUAGACAAUGUCCCGUGAAAAAUUGGGUAAAUAUCUUGGCUCGCCAAUAAAACCCCUAUUAUAAAGCUCUGUGCAAAAUAUCAAGUUUUGAGACCUGCAAUCGUUCUUAAGAUAAUGUUCAGUCGGUGAGUAAGUGGUAUUUGGCGAUUUCUAUAGGUAUACCUAUAAUAGGGGAAAAUAAUGCUAACGUUUAGCGAUUAAAAAAAGGUAAACUUACCGAUAAUAAUACUUAUUAUAUGAUAAUAUUUUGAAUUACAUACGUCAAAGUGUGCUAAUAUGUAUUAUCGUAGAUUGGUGUAAUAAUAGUAGAAAUAAUAUAGUAAUAUCUAUUAGUGAAAUAAUUUUUAUAGGGCACUUACAUGUAUAGAUAGUAUACAUAGGUUAUUAGGUUAUUAUAAUAGGCUAUUAUUACAUUUUUACGCAUUUUGAAUGUUCUUAUUAUUUUCAAUACAUUUGAAAAAUCAACACUAAAUUUUUUAAUGAACUUUGCAUAAUUUGUAUUCAAAAUUAAUGGUUUAUCAUUGCUAUUAAAUUUAACAUUAAAAUUAGUAUAAUACGCUCAGUAAAUAUUGAUAGUAAAAACACAAUGCUGUUGUUUUACUUAGAUUUUUAGAACACCUCAUUAUGUUUGGAAAAUUUACUUUAAAUGAAGUUCAUUAAAAUAAAUAAUAACAUAAUAUAAUAAAUCUAAUAUUACUUUAUUCGUAUUUUAUAAUAAAUUUAUAUUUUUUUAGGUGGUGUUUACUAUAAAAAAGAAGCACCAAGUAAUCUUAAAGGGCCAAUUAAAGCUGCAAGACUUUGUAUUUUAAGUUUACUUAUACCGGGAAUUUUGGUUAUAGCACCUCUAUACAUCCGUUAUCAUGUUUAUCCUGAUCAUAAGUAUCCUUUAGCUAUCACCGAUAUGAGAAUAUUGGACCAAAAAAUGUCAACGUUUUGGUGCCAAGUAAGUGAUGCAUUUUUACUAGAUAAAUAUUAGUAAUAAAUACCUUUAGAUCAUUCGAAAAUGAAACUGAUAGGACGAAAAUUAAACACUUAUGGCCUAAUAGGUACAUCUAUCUAAUUUUAAUACGUAUUUUUUUUUUCAUUAGUAAUUUUGAAAAAGACUUAUCGAAAAAUUGCAGUUUAAUCAGUAAGACCAGUGUAUUUUUUUCAAAUUUGCUAUACCAAACUCCACUUAAAUUCAUUUUUAAUUCUACCUAGCAUAUUAAUUCAUCAUUAUCCUUCAUUUUAAAAUAAUACAAAUGGAUACCACUAAUGAAACUGAUACAAGAUAAAAUAUAUUCAUAUUCAGUCUCAGCUAGAAUCUAUAUUUUUUUCAACUAUAAUUAUUUUUUUAGCGUCACAUUGUCAAUACCAAUGCCACUUUUAAUGCGUUUCUAAUGCCAGAAAAACCAUCCAUGUUACCAAGAAUGGAAUAUGUUGAAAUGGAAAGGCAUAUAACGUUAGAGGAUGACAUUAAAGAGUAUUGGGGUUUUUAUCUACUGAAAGAUUCAUUUGUAAAAAUAACUACAUGUUCAAGGUAAAAAUUAAUCAAAUUGUAUUAAAUUUUUAAUAAUUAAAAAAAAUUCUAUGACAUUGUUAAAAAUGAAAAAAAUUUAAAAAAUGUAUACCUACUUACAAACGUAUUUUAUUAUUUCAACAGGUGGCCAGGAGCUAGUUUAAUAGUGAUCAGAGGACAUAAACAUUUAAAAGAAUGUGCUUAUAUAGGAGAUAAUUCUAGUGAAGAACUUGAAGAAGAAGAAUCGUCUGAAGAAGGGAAUGACACCCAUAUUCCAAAUUUCAUGAGAAAACUUACUUCUGGUAUGACUGUACCUGAUAUGGCACCAGAUGUAGUCUAUCUUACAAAUCACCCGAAUGAACAUAAUUUGAAUCAAAUAUUUUUUAAGAAGUCUAGUAAAACUACUAAUCAUCAUUUAGAUUACGCUGAAGAUUUAUAUAAAAAAGAAUUGAAAAACAGACUUGAAAACGAAGAUGAGCAAGUAGCUCCAGUAAAGAAAUCUAAACCGAAUAGCGAACUAAUAAAUCAUAUACCUCAAUCAAAAGAAUUAAUUUCAGAAUAUUUAAGAAAAUUGGGGAACCAAGGAAAAGACGGCGCAACGCUUUUACGUAAAUUAAAAGAAGUUGUUAAAAACGAUAUGAAUAAUUCAAUGAACGACACAGCUGAAUCUUCAAAUCGGCUGUAUAAAAUUGUUGCAACUGCAAUGGCUGACGAUGAUGCGUCAUGGCGUGGUCCUAGAUUAAGGCACUUAAGAAAUAGAUUUCAACGAUCCCCUACAGAUAACAACGAAGAUCACGAAAACUUGAGCCGUAAUUUAUUUAAACACGAUCAACAGAACGACGCAGCUAUUGAAGAGGUAUAUUAAUUAAUUAAGUGAUCAAUUUAACAUUUAUAAUAAUCUGUCAUCUUAGAAAACGAACGUAUCCGAUUAAAUAAUAUUAAUGCAAGUGUAAGUGCAUGUUGAUUUACGUCAUAAUAAAUUAAAUCGUUAUCAAUAUGUGCAAUAGAAGUAGGCUUACGCUUCAAUAUAAAAUAUAUUAUUGCAUAAGUUCCCGAAUUAAAAUUUAGACUUUUAAGUUCUUACCUUUUAGACUUUUAAAAUUCACCCAUAAUAAUAUGUAAGUACCCAGGCGUAAAUGUGUACACAUUAUAAUAUUUAUACUAAUAAAUAAUGUGUAAAAACUGUUAUUUACUCAUAUGUAGAAAGUUCGAUUUGUGACAUAAAAGGUAUAUUAUUUUUUUUUACUAGUAAUACUAUAAUUAUCUACGUGAUUAUAACUUAAUGCACUAACAUUUUAUAAUGGUGUGUAUAAUUUAUACUCUAUAUAACAUAGUUUUGGAGUAGGUAUUAAAAUAAAUAGAUUGUUACGUUAUAAAAUAAUAAUUAUACUUAAAGUCUAGUAAAUUUAAUAUUAAUAAAACAUAUUUCUGUAGGCUGAUGCACUGUCACCAGAUGGAAUUGCACAAGUUCGUGGUAAAGUAACCGAUAACAAUACACAUGAUAUGUUAAAAGACCGCAGCCAUAGCGAAUUUUGGUCGUCAUUUUCUAGUAGCGAAGAAAUGCUUCUCGAAUGCGAAGGACUUUUAUUAAGCCUGCCGUUGGCUCCACACCAUAAAUGUCUACCACCAAAUAAACAACCAGAUUAUGAAGCAGCCAGCCAUCUAAAUACUGUUAAUUACAAGUAUGUUUUAUUUAUUUUAUACAAUUACAAUACUUCUAGUAUAACAAGACUAUUUUUGUCUAUACUUUAUAAUUAAAUACGCUAGCCAUAAGUUUAAAUUCACGCUGAUGUGAAUUUUUAUGCGCCGUUUUAGUUGCCUAUUUUAGAUCAUAUAUUUAUUUUUAUGGUGAUACAAACAAAUAUGUAUUGAUAAAGAGCACGGGUUAUUUUAUUUAUAUACCUAGGUACCUAACCGUAUUUGAAUGUACCUUAGAGCUUAAAUCAUAUACUACUAAAUGGAGCUAUGUUGGCCGUACGCUAUGUCCAAAAUAAUCCCCCACUCACUGAAAUAAUUUCCGGGGUUACAUGUAUAGUGGGCAUACGGAAACGUCGGAAACUAGCAAGGCAACCAGAAAAAUGACGAAAAAUAUUAAAUAACUUAGUGAUGGGAUGACAGCCGUGACAUCUAUAGUAGGUGCCUAGGUACACGUGUCACCGGAUAGUAUAAUAAAAUUAGGGUUUAUAUUGGAGAUUGGACACAGACACACAGGUAAGUCGGGACUCGGGAGUAUAACAUGCGUUGCUCCAUUCAUAGUAGUUACAUGAUUUAAUGCAAUGUCUGUACUCUAUUAUUCACUCGUUUCUUUAUCUGUAUUAUCUUCAACCGUUUAUAUUUUUUAUAAUUCUAGGAUUCCGAGUGAUGGAUACUAUUUUUUCGUUUUCAACAGCGAGAAUGAAAUUCAAGAUAAUUUUAUUCGUAUACACUUUGGCAUUAACAAAACAGUUUACGAUGUCUCAAAACCAGUUUCGUCUUGUUUAAAUACCACUGGAGAAUGUCAACUCCCAUUGAAUUUUUGGUCAGGUCAAACAACCGUUUUAGAAAUGUUAAGGCCAGGACCUUCAAGUGACUCGGAAGAUGAAUUUAUAGCUAUUUCUACUUGUCAGCCCAGAUCUGCAGUGUAUGCCGUUUGUCUGAUAGCAGCACCUAUUCUAUUUGUUUUAUUUUCUUUCCACUGA